CCGCCUCCCGUAGGGGGCGCGGAAGCUGCGCGCUGUUUCCGGCGGCUCCCGGUGGCGCCUCCCGGGGCCGCUCCGGGGCCGCGGGCAGGGUCGGGCCGGCGCCUCAGGGGCCGCUUCCUCCUCCCGCUUCGGGGGUGAGUCGGCUCCCCGCGUACCGGCGCUGGGCCCGGCUGUGCCCUGCCCGGCUCGCCGUGGCUCCGAGGACAGCGGGAUAACGAGGCUGCAAGAAGAUUCCCACCUGGCAUGCUGCAAAUUCCAAGGAAGGCAGCACAAUCGAAGACACAUCUGCCGCCAUGGUGAAUGAGAAGCACAGUGGCACCCUGCUUGUGCAGCUGGGGCCCAAACUGCAGGCCCACCCAGAGAAGCUGCUCCGGCAGCGGCGAGGCCACGACGACCGGCCGGAAUACCUGGUCCGGUGGAGCGUUGUGAGCUUGGAAGAGAGAGCAGCGGGAGGCAGCAGUGCCGCCUCUGGAGAGACCAAGGCAGAGAACAUCUCCCUGUGGAUGUCUGCAGAAGAGGUCAGCGCCAGCUGCCCGGCGCUGCUGGGCCACAGGAGGCCGGAAGGGCCGCGGCUGAAGGAGGAGAAGGCGCCCGGGCCCUUGGCCGCGGUCGUCCCGCUGGACGAAGCCUCGCUGGACGAAGCGUCGCUGCUGGAGAUGAAGGCCGAUGUCAGGAGCCUGGUGCAGCGAGCCCGGCGCCAGGUGGCCGAGGCCGGGAGCCCCGAGUGCUCCAUCCUGAGCACGGUGCACGUGCUGGGCGCCUACGCCAGCAUCGGCUCCCUGGCGGGCGCCUUCAGGGAAGCGGGAGCCCUGGAGCUGCUGACGGCCAUGCUGUGCCACAGGGAGAAGCGGAUCCGCCGCGGUGCCGGCGAGAUGCUGCGCGCUCUGGGUGCUCAUGAUGCAGGAAUCUGGGCCUAUGUCCUGCUGUCCCUGAGCCAGCAGGAUGGCAUUGAGCAGCACAUGGACUUUGACAGUCGCUGCACCUUGCUGGAGCUGUUUGCUGAGAUCACGUCCUCUGCAGAGCACCGCAUGUCCUUCGAGGGGAUUCACCUGCCGCAGAUCCCUGGGAAGCAGCUGUUUGUCCUGGUGAAGCGCUACCUGUGUGUGACUUCUCUCCUGGACAAGCUGAGCAGCGGCGUGGAGCAGGGAGAGGAGCAGCAGGGCUGUGCUGUGCCCAGCCCUGUCCCUGAGGAGAGGAGCCGUGUGAAGCAGGAGUUUGAGUUCAGCAUGGCCAUGGCAAACCUCAUCUCGGAGCUGGUGCGCGCGAUGGGCUGGAGCCACGGGCACGAGGCAGAGCCGCUGCCCCGGCGGGACCUGCGGCCUGGCCGUGCCCGCUCCAUCUUCCAGCACAAGACCCCGGCCGGGACCGCUGCCGAAGUGGCCCCCGCGUCCCCAGCAAAGGAGCCCGUGACCUUCAAGAGGCGCUCGGCCUUCCCGAGCCGCAGCAGCUACGCGGAGUACGUGCAGGCCACGCUGGUGAGCGGCAUGAGGGUGCGCAUGCUCGAGGACUACGAGCAGAUCAGCGCCGGCGACGAGGGCGACUUCUGCCGCAGCAAUGACGGCGUGCCCCCGGUGCAGGUGUACUGGCAAGCUCUGGGCAGUACGUACUGGGUUCACUGGCACAUGGUCGAGAUCAUUGGCCCUUCAGAACAAAAGGAGCUUGAGGGCCAGGAGAAGGUGAACAGCCUGACACGAAACCAUGGACUGAGAGCAGGUCCACAGCCAUUGCUGUGCAAGCCCUUGGGGGGGCUGUACUCCCUGCCUUACCUGGGGCAGCGGCUGCCCAGGGCUGCAGACACCCUGAGCCGCGCUGAAUGGUGGGAGCUGCUCUUCUUUGUGAGGAAGCUGGAAGCACAGGAGCAGAAAGAGAUCACCUGUCUCAUCCAGCAGCACCAGGGAGAGCAGCUGUCGGAGGUGGAUGAAGAAGCCCUGAUGCAGCUGUCGGUACCUGUGGAGCUGGCCCAGAAGGUGCUGCAGGUCCUGGAGGAGCGGUGCCAGGGCAGCUCUCUGCGUGACCUGCGUGGCUCCCGUGUCUACGCCAGACACUUCCUUGGGAGGGGAGCAGAGCAGCAUGGUGGAGGGAGCACCGCAGUGUCCUCAGAGGGUGAGAGGAGCACCGGCCCUGAAGGCAUGAUGGCCAAGACAGCGGAGGGAAACCUUUCUGCAGCCCCAGGGCCGGCCCAAGGCCGCGGUGUGACUCUGAAGUCGGAUUCCGAGCUGUUCAGCGAGCUGUUGGAGAGGGAAGGGCUGUUCUUGCCAGAGGUGACGGAGGAGCAGAGCCAAGCGCUGGGCGGCUCCAAGGGGCUGAGCGAGAGCGGCUCGCUGGCCAAGGUUGCAGCUGUGGUGGAGGUGAUCCAGAGCAGCAGCUCGGCGCUGGGGCUGCGCUUAGCUGGGCUCAAGCACAUCCUGAAGAUGCUGGAGGAGGAGCCCGAGUCGGAGCAGCAAGUCGGCACGGCCCAGGGCGGGCUGGGCAUCGGGAGUGCCGGGGAGAAGCUGGUGCAGGUGUCGGUGGAGCUGCUGAGCACGGAGGUGGCAGAGAAGGCGCUGGUGGCGGUGACGCUGCGGCUGCUGGCCGUGCUGCUGGCCCGCUACAAGUGGCGCGUGGCCUUUGCCACGGAGGGCGGCGUGCGGGCCGUGCUGGCCUGCAUGCAGCAGCACGGCUGCUCCGCCCUGGUGCAGCAGGCCGGGCUGGCGGCCCUGAAGGUGCUGGUGGGAGCUGCGGACGCUGAGCCGGGAGGCGCCGGCGGGAAGUGCUUGCCCUGGAACCACGGCGAUGCGCAGAUGAUGCGGGAGAUCUUUGCCAGCAUCGGCUCUGCCUCCAGCAAGGGCUCUGCCAGCCUGCUGAGCAGCAUCCCUGCUGCCCUGAGCACCAUGCAGAGGGUCCCAGGGGGCUCCUCAGGGGUGCAGAACGGCCUGCUGGUGGUGAACGUGCUGAUGGAUGGGCACCGGGGCCUGGCGGAGCAGCUGGCGAACUGCGAUCUCCUGGCGGUGCUGCAGAGCUGCUGGAGGGCCGGGCAGAGCAGCGGCUGCCCCCAGGCAGUGCUGGCCCUCAGCGCCAUCAAUCGCCUGGCAGAGCACGGGCUGCCCCUGGGCCCGGAGGCAGCAGGCAGAGAGGUCCUGCUGGACGCGAAGGGCGUGCAGAUGCUGCUGGGUGGCGUGGACGAUGGCGUCCUGUCCAAGGAGGUGGUGGUGGCCCUGGAGCGGCAGCUGUGCAGUGAAGGCUCUGUUUGCUCUGGCCAGGUGGCCCAGCUGCUGCAGGACCACAGCUGCUUCAGGCUGUUGCUGCGCAGCUUGGAGCUGCUGGGGACAGAGAAGGCCGUGAGCCUGAGCAUCCUCAGGAUCCUGAACAAGUUCCUGGACAGUUACCAGGAGGAUGUGCUGCCCUGGCAUGAGUGCGUGGAGCCCUGCGUGUCCUUCCUGAUCACCCACAGCAGCAGUUGGGAGGUGCUGCAGGAGGUCGUUGGCUUCCUGCACCGCCUGGGCAGUGCCAGCAAGGACUGUGUGGUGGUGAUGUGCCACGUGGGCACCCACGAGGCCCUGUCCAAGGCCCUGGAAAAGCACAGCACGGUCCCGUCGUUGGCGCCGGCCCUGCUGGAGCUGGUGACGGAGUGUGAGAAGUACGCCGGCCUCUACAAGAAGCUGACGAGCAGCAUCUUGGCUGGCUGCAUCCAGCUGGUCCUGGGACAGAUUGAGGAGCACCGCCGGAGCCACCAGCCCAUCAGCAUCCCCUUCUUUGAUGUCUUCCUGCACAACCUGUGCCAAGGCUCCAGCAUGGAGGUGAAGGAGGACAAGUGUUGGGAGAAGGUGCAGGUCUCUUCCAACUCGCACCAGGCCAGCAAGCUCAUGGACAGGAACCCCAAGACCUACUGGGAGUCGAACGGCAGCACGGGCUCCCACUUCAUCACUGUGCACAUGCAGUGUGGAGUGGUGAUCAGGGAGCUGAGCAUGCUGGUGGCCAGCGAGGACUCCAGCUAUAUGCCAUCGCGGGUGGUGGUGCUGGGCGGGGACAGCCCUGCCACCAUCAGGACGGAGCUCAAUGCGGUGAGCAUCCUGCCCUCGGACAGCAGAGUGAUCCUGCUGGAGAACAUGACCCGCUUCUGGCCCGUCAUCCAGAUCCGGGUGAAGCGGUGCCAGCAGGGUGGCAUUGACACACGUGUGCGUGGCAUCGAGGUGCUGGGUCCCAAGCCCACCUUCUGGCCCAUCUUCAGGGAGCAGCUGUGCCGGCGGACGUUCCUCUCCUGCACUGCUCGGGCUCAUGCCUGGAGCCAGGAGAUCUGCCGAGACCGGGGGCGGCUGCUGCAGCUCUUUGGCAGACUGAACCGGGCGCUGCAGCACGAGCAGGGCUUUGCCAACCGCUUCCUUCCCGACGAGGAGGCAGCCCGGGCACUGGGCAGGACGUUCUGGGAGGCCCUGGUGAACCCCUUGGUGCAGAGCAUCACCAGCCCAGACCCUGAUGGUGUCAGUCCCCUGGCCUGGCUGCUGAGUGAGUACCUGGAGAGCGUGGAGCUGCCCUGCCGUGCCACGGGACGCAGGGCUGCCUUUGGUUCCUGCGUGCGGCGCCUGACCCAGCUCCUGGUGCAUGUGGACCCCGGCGGCCCCGAGCCAGAGGAGACCAGAGCAGCUGGUGGGAAGGAGGGGAAGAACAAGGAGGUGCCGGCCAGGACGGCAAAGGUCCCGGUGGAGAAGUCGAGAGGCCUAUGGGGAAUCUCACAGUGCUGGCGUGGCGUGGUGCAGCAGCAGGUGCAGCGGUUCCUGGAGGCGGCGGGGCAGGCGCCGGACCUCGCGGAGCGCUACUGCCGGCUGUACCAGCGCCUGCGCGGGGCCACCGAGGAGCUCUUUGGGCAGCAGGCCGCCUUUGUGCUGGCCCUGGGCCAGGGCUUUGCGGGGGCUUUGCUGCAGCUCUCCUUCCUGACCGCCCUGCACGUGAGCGAGCAGUUUGCCCGCUACCUUGACGUGCAGAUCCAGGAGCUCCGCAGGGCUGCGGGCAGCACGGGGCCUCUGGAGCGGCUGCAGCAGUUCCUGGAGCCCUUUGUCGUCUUCAGUGGCCUGGAGUUUGCCCACACCUUUGAACACUUCUACAGGCACUACCUGGGGGACCGGCUCCUGACGCAAGGGCCAUCUUGGCUGGAAGAAGGCAUCGUGGAGCAGAUCGGGCUGUGCUUCCCCAGCCGCUUUCCCCAAGAUAUGCUGAGCAACUUGGCCGAGUCGGAGAAGCUCCAGCGGCAGUUCUGCCUCUUCCAGCUGCAGGAGCAGGAUAAGCGGCUGCUGGAGCUGGACACGGGCCUGGACGAGGUGCUGGGAGCAGCCGCAGUGGCAGAUGUGCCAGAGGUGAAGGUGCUGGCCCUGUCCCCGUGCUGCUGGCCUGUUUCCCCGCUCUGUUUCAUGGAUAACCCUGGGAGGUUUUUCCCGGCAGUGCUGAGCUCUCCACUGGAUGAGUUUGCUGACUUCUGCCGGCAGAGCCAGAGCCAGCUGGGCUGGGAGUGCACGAAGCCCCGUCGGCUGCAGUGGACGUGGCUGGGCCACGCCGAGCUGCAGUUUGGAGACUGCGUUCUGCACGUGUCCACGCUGCAGAUGUACAUCCUGCUGUGCUUCAACAGCGCCCAGGAGGUGGCCGUGGAGGCCCUGCUGCAGGCUACGGGGCUCCCUGCUGACCUGGUGCACCACGCGCUGACGCCGCUGACCCACGGCCAGGGCGUCCUGGUGGGGAGCUGCGCUCCAGGGGAGGUACCUGCGGACAGAGAGGGCCGAGGUGAGCGCCCUGGAAAGGAAGAGGAACGUCCUGUGCUGCCUCAUCACCCGCAUCCUCAAGGUGGAGAAGCAGCUGCACAUCGACAACCUGGUGUUCAGGGUGAUCGAUGCCUGUCAGAAGGGCGAGUUGGGCCCAGGGGUGCAGUUCCUGAGCUUCUGCUGCCACAGCGUGGACGUGCUGUCCUGCAUCCUGCACCUGCUGAACCAGGGCUAUCUGCGGCGCCAGGAGGGGAGGCCGCAUGUCUUGGAAUACAUCUCUGCAGAAUCCACAGCACCUCUUGGCGGCCAAGCACAGAUGACUUUCCAGUGCAGGUCAGCCCAGGCAUCUCUGGAGGAGGACGGCAGAGACAGCCUGCAUUGGUAGGGUUGCAUGUCACCAGGUGUGGAGGGGUGUGCAUCUCCACCCUGUGUGAAUAUGGCACAUUUCUUCAUGUCAGGCGGAAUCCUGGCACAGACAGGGUGGAGGAAUAUCUCAUGGCAAUGCUGCAGGUGCCAAUGGGGCACACGCUCAGUCCAGAGGAGGCAAAGCUGCUCAUGAACCAGACAGUACAGCAGGUCCAGGAUACUCUGAGCAUACCAGAUGAUGUUGCUCGGCACCUCCUCAUGCACUGUAGGUGGAAUGUGGAUUUCCUGAUCCAGUGCUAUGUGGAGAACCGUGAGGCCCUGCUCAUCUCCUCAGGGCUGCAAGUGCAGGAUGUCCAGCCUCCCCCAAGCCCUGGAACCCACUGCCCAGUCUGUGUGAACCAGCUGUGUCCCACUGAGAAGCCACCAACCCUUUGCUGCAUGCACUACUGUUGCAAGCCCUGUUGGAGGGAAUAUCUCACAACUCGCAUUGAGCAGAACAUGGUUGUCAACUGCACCUGUCCCAUAUCCGAGUGCCGUGCUCAGCCCACCACAGCCUUCAUCUACUCCAUCGUGUCCUCCGAGGACAUCAUAGCCAAGUAUGAAAAAGCCCUCCUCAGACGCUACGUUGAGUGUUGCUCCAACCUGACAUGGUGCACCAACCCUCAGGGCUGUGAUCAGAUCCUCCUUAAGGAUGGACUUGGUUAUGGAGCAGCCUGUUCCAAGUGCUCCUGGAUAUCCUGCUUCAACUGCAACUUCCCAGAGGCCCAUUAUCCUGCCAGCUGCAGCCACAUGUCUCGGUGGGUGGAUGAUGAUGGAUACUAUGAGGGAAUGACAAGUGAAGCCCAAAGCAAGCACCUGGCUAAGCUCAUUUCAAAGCACUGCCCAAACUGCCAAGCUCAAAUAGAGAAAAAUGAGGGGUGCCUGCAUAUGACAUGUGCAAAGUGUAAUCAUGGCUUCUGCUGGCGCUGCCUCAAGCCCUGGAGGCCGAAUCACAAGGAUUAUUACAACUGCUCUGCUAUGGUGAGUAAAGCAGCUUGGCAGGAGAAGCGUUUCCAGGAUUACAACGAGAGAUGCACCUUUCAUCACCACGCAAGGGAAUUUGCUGUAAGUCUGAGGAACAGCAUUUCUUCCAUCAGAGAGAUGCCAAAAAUUAGGAACUUGACCUUUGUUCUUGAUGCCUGCAAGGUGCUAGAACAGGCACGGAAGGUGCUGGCCUACUCCUGUGUGUACAGCUACUAUAACCAGGACACUGAGAGCAUGGAUAUUGUGGAACAGCAGACCGAGAGCCUGGAGCUGCUCACAAAUGCUCUGCAGAUCCUUCUGGAGGAAACCUUGCUGCAGUACCAGGACCUGGCCACUUCUCUUCAGCUCCUGAAAGCAGAGCACUUCCACACGGGUUUGGAGUUGGUGCGGCAAAUCAAGCAGCGUCUCUUUGCAAUUCUCUGGCACUCCACGCAGGAUUUCCAUGUUGGGCUCCAGACUUCAGGAGAUGCUGUUCAGAGAAAGUUGAAACUUGCAAAUGUGCCUGCUUCAGCCCUUGCAUGUGCAGGGCAAAAACGUAUCCUCGUGUGUGACUCCCCCAACACAGAUGAAGGUGGCAAGGAGGUUGAAGAUGAGGAGUAUGAUCCACAGUGGCAGGAAGACUAUGAUGACGAUGAUGAUGACCUUGAUGAAGACAACUUUAUGAUUGAUAAUGAUUCAGAUUGUGAUUCUUACUUUGAUGAUAAUGAUAGCUAUCGUAGCUAGCACUAGAAGUGUUCUGUCACCCAGCCUUGCCACCUUGGACCUCUGCCUCUACUUUUUCUCAACCAGUUUGCGUUACUGUUUUUCCUCAAAGGCAGGGAGGAGCUCUCAGAUGGAACAAAAUAUAUCCUCUGGGAGGUUUCUUGCUCAGUGACUCUUGAAUAUGCAGGAAUAUGCUCUGGACAGUUGGUCUGUGUUACUGUGGCCACCUCUCUCAGAAAGACAUCUCCUUGCCUUUUUCCCCUGUCUCCAGUUCUGCCUGUAGGUAUUUAAUUGAGUUAGAAAGCCCACCUGCAGAGUAAGGACCACUUGCCACCUGUUAAGGGGCUGCUCCUUGUCCUUGGUGUGCUGUCCCCAAGGGCUGGGCACAGGGGAGGGUGGCACAUGUCCCAGCACAGCACUGUCUAGCAAUGGCCAGUGUCUAGAAAUGCUGUAAAAAGAUGCAUUUACACUCAAAGCCUCCCAGCUGGAGCUGGUGGGAUUUUCUCCAGCCACAGAUGGAUGUGGUUCGGUUCCUCUGGUUGAGAGGAGCUGCAUUUUUGCCCUUUGUUGGAGUUUUCUUCUCUGUUAUGAAGCAGGGAGGGCUACUAUAAGUGACACAAGUUUGCAGGAUUGUUUAAGUUUAUAAAUAUAUGCACACACAUAUAUUUUAUAUACAUAUAUAUAUAUGCAGAGGUUGUUGAGAUAAUACUGUAUCUUUGCAAAAAAAAAUUAAACCCUGAGGAACAAGGGUUGAAAAAGAGUUCUG